AUGGCUGAUAACAGAUCUUCAUCUUCACCUCCACAGAAAAAGAAAAAAGUUCAGAGACAGAUUGGAACUCAUAAUGGACAGUUUCAUGCUGACGAGGCUCUGGCUUGUUUCAUGUUAAAACAGCUACCAGAGUUUAAAAAUGCUGAGAUCAUCAGGACUCGAGACUAUAAAAUACUGGAAGAUUGUGACAUAGUCGUGGAUGUGGGCGGAGUUUAUGAUCCAGUUAAAAAUAGAUUUGAUCAUCACCAACGGACAUUUAAUGAGAACUUCAACAGUUUGGACUCUAAAAAAAGCUCUGUGACAAAAUUAAGCAGUGCUGGAUUGGUCUACUUUCAUUUUGGUCGACAGUUGAUAUCACAGACGAUGGAGAAAUCAGAAACUGAUCCUAUAACAGAGUUAAUAUUCGAUAAAGUCUAUGAACGAUUUAUUGAAGAAAUUGAUGGAAUAGAUAAUGGUUUACCUAUACAUCAAAUAGAUGGAAGACUUAAUUAUAGAAUAUCCACGAAUUUAAGUAGCAGGGUUAGAAAAUUAAAUCCUGACUGGAAUCAACCACAGAACAACAGAGAUGAAUUAUUUGAAAAAGCUAUGGAACUGACAGGUAGUGAACUGAUGGAAAGAAUUAAUUAUUAUAAAAAUACGUGGUUACCAGCUCGAGAUAUUGUUUUAACAGCUUUCAAUAACAGACAUAAUGUAGACCCUAGUGGUGAAGUAAUGUGUUUUGAGAAGGGUGGGGUACCCUGGAAAGAACAUCUAUUUAAUCUGGAAGAGGAGUUGAAAGCCGAGACCCCAGUAAAAUAUGUUUUGUAUCAAGAUUUAACAGGUCAAUGGAGGGUUCAGUGUGUUCCUCUUCAAGAUGGCGGCUUCCAAAAUAGAUUAUCUUUACCAGAAGAAUGGCGAGGGUUACAAGAUGAUGAAUUGAGUAAAAAAACAGGAAUUAAAGAUUGUGUGUUUGUACAUGCUGGAGGUUUUAUUGGAGGAAAUAAAACUUAUGAGGGUGUCCUGAAAAUGGCACAGAAAAGUUUGGAGCUGAAUAAAGUUAAAAAGUGA